GAUAUGCCCUGGGAUAUUUGACAGCUCCGGGCUCGCCCAGGCUGCCUUGCCAGCGACUGCAGGAGUAGAGCCCCCGUUUUGGGGGGUGGGGUCCCCCAGGCCAGGGAGAAGAAGUGGCCUGGCUGGGGGAGCCCGGGAAUGGUCUGACUUGGAGUCCGCCGCUGCAAAAUCCCCAGCCUCCAGCUCCAUUCAGCCGCCAGGGCUCCCCGCUUCAGAGCGAUCCUGAGGUCGGGAGAUGAGCACCCAGCUGGACCGCCUGUCGGUGACCUCGUCCUCCACCGGCUCUCUGGGCUCGGCGGCCGGGGCGGCGGCUGGCUCCGCUAGCGGCGGGCUCCGGCUGCUGUCGGGCAACGUGAGCAAGCUGCACCAUGCCCUCAACUUGCUGCUGAACGAUGCGGAGCGGGAGCAGUUCACCCACUGCCUGAACGCUUACCACUCGAGGAGGAACGUCUACGACCUGGUGCGGACCCUGCGCCUGCUUCUCGACAGCCCGGACAAGCGGCAGCUGCUGCCCAUGCUGCGCCUGGUCAUCCCGCGCUCCGACCAGCUGCUCUUCGACCAGUAUACGUCCGAAGGGCCCUACCUCAAGACCCACAUCGCAUCAACCCCUGGGGGCGCCAACGGGGCCGGUCCCGGGGAGGUCCGGCUAGUGAGUCUUAGGAGAAGCAAAACCAACGAAGGUCUCGGUUUCAGCAUCCGAGGGGGCUCAGAGCACGGCGUGGGAAUUUACGUGUCCCUGGUGGAACCAGGCUCCCUAGCGGAGAAGGAAGGGCUAAGGGUGGGCGACCAGAUCCUGAGAGUAAAUGACAAGUCCUUGGGCAGAGUGACCCAUGCCGAGGCGGUCAAGGUAGGUGAAAGAGGGACAG